GCCGCGGCCUGGCGGCUGGGAGAUGAGCUAGUGAGACUUGGAGCGGAGAAAUCCGUGGCUCAGUUUUCACAGCUUCAAAUCAGAAUUUGUUGCAGUCGAAGAGUGACUCCUUGAUUCCCAGGCCCUUUGAGGUCUGAGGAGUCCAGUAGGUGAAAUUCUCUCUACCUCUAAGGAGAAAUAGUACCUGCUCCUGCAGCAAGAGCAAGCCCUCCAUUGCUAUGGAUACCGAAUCCACGUAUUCUGGAUAUUCUUACUAUUCAAGUCAUUCGAAAAAAUCUCACAGACAAGGGGAAAGAAAUAGAGAGAGGCACAAGUCACCCCGGAAUAAAGAUGGCAGGGGGUCAGAAAAAUCUGUCACCAUUCAAGCUCCCACUGGAGAGCCCCUGUUGGCAAAUGAUUCUGCUCGGACAGAGGAAGCUCAGGAUGACAACUGGGGCGAGACCACCACGGCCAUCACUGGCACGUCGGAGCACAGCAUCUCACAGGAGGACAUCGCCCGCAUCAGCAAGGACAUGGAGGACAGCGUGGGGCUGGACUGUAGGCGCUACCUGGGGCUCACCGUGGCUGCGGUGCUCGGACUCCUGGUCUUCCUCACCCCCAUCGCCUUCAUCCUGCUGCCCCCCAUCUUGUGGCGGGACGAGCUGGAGCCUUGCGGCACCAUCUGCGAGGGACUCUUCAUCUCCGUGGCGUUCAAGCUCCUCAUUUUGCUCAUUGGGACCUGGGCGCUGUUCUUCCGCAAGCAGAGAGCUGACAUGCCGCGGAUCUUCGUGUUCCGUGCACUCCUGUUGGUCCUCAUCUUUCUCUUCGUGGUCUCCUAUUGGCUUUUUUAUGGGGUCCGCAUUUUGGACUCGCGGGACCGAAAUUACCAGGGCAUCGUGCAAUAUGCCGUUUCUCUCGUGGACGCGCUCCUCUUCAUCCACUACCUGGCCGUCGUCCUGCUGGAACUCAGGCAGCUGCAGCCCAUGUUCACGCUGCAGGUGGUCCGCUCGACCGACGGCGAGUCCCGCUUCUACAGCCUGGGACACCUGAGUAUCCAGCGAGCAGCAUUGGUCGUUCUGGAAAAUUACUAUAAAGAUUUCACCAUCUAUAACCCCAACCUCCUAACAGCCUCCAAAUUCCGAGCAGCCAAGCACAUGGCCGGGCUGAAAGUCUACAACGUAGAUGGCCCCAGUAACAAUGCCACGGGUCAGUCCCGGGCGAUGAUUGCCGCAGCUGCUCGGCGCAGGGACUCGAGUCACAACGAGUUGUAUUAUGAGGAGGCGGAACACGAGCGGCGGGUGAAGAAGCGGAGAGCAAGGCUGGUGGUCGCCGUGGAGGAGGCCUUCAUCCACAUCCAGCGUCUCCAGGCUGAGGAGCAGCAGAAGGCCCCAGGGGAGGUGAUGGACCCCAGGGAGGCCGCCCAAGCCAUCUUCCCCUCCAUGGCCCGGGCUCUGCAGAAGUACCUGCGCACCACUCGGCAGCAGAACUCCCACAGCAUGGAGAGCAUUCUGCAGCACCUGGCCUUCUGCAUCACCCACAGCAUGACCCCAAAGGCCUUCCUCGAACGGUACCUCAGCGCCGGCCCCACACUGCAAUAUGACCGGGAGCGCUGGCUCUCCACGCAGUGGCGGCUCGUCAGCGACGAGGCUGUGACCAACGGGCUGCGGGAUGGACUCGUUUUUGUCCUCAAAUGCUUGGACUUCAGCCUCGUCGUCAAUGUGAAGAAAAUCCCGUUCAUCAUGCUCUCGGAAGAGUUCAUAGACCCCAAAUCUCACAAAUUUGUCCUUCGCUUGCAGUCUGAGACGUCGGUUUAAAAGUUCUAUAUUUGUGGUUUUAUUAAAAAAAGAAAGAAUAUAUAGAGAGAUAUAUAUGUAUACCAGAGGGGCAUCUUUGUUUUUAUUAUUCUUCAUGGCUGACUGAGCUGGCACAUGAGAAACCAGGGUCCUUUGACCAUCUGCACUUUAUUUGGAAGGAAGCAGAAGAUGGCCAUCCUGGAAGAAAGUGACUGAUGACAUCUGACUUGGGGAUGGGCCAUCUCCAGAAGCGGUUCCCUGGCGUUUUCUGUGACAGCUGCAAACCAAAGCGGAGCUGGAGGUUCUUCGGAACCUUGCCUUACGACUCGCCCCUGCCUCUCGUCCAGCACCCGGCCCUGCCCUGGCUUCCGGCCGUCCCACUCCUGGUCCUGGAGGGCACACAUCUUCGUCCUGUUUCAGGGAACCCGACAGGACAUGUCCACACGUGUUUGUGUAUGUAAACGUCCAGCACCACGGGAGCCAUGGGCUGUUCAUGACACGCCUGCCUUUGUCUCCGUUCUCUGUUGCCUUAGGUUUUGCAGAGAAGGAUCAAAAUGACACAUGUGCACUCUCAGUUUACAGCUCUUCAUGAUUUGGUUGUUUUUUUUUUCCCCAAAGAGAUAAUUUGCCUGCCCUAGUUCUGACCUGCUUGCCUACCGGCUUGAGCAGGAAGCCCUUUCUUAACCCUAUGAUGGCCCACCUGUCCUCUCCAUCCUGGCCGGCAGUCUCCAGAGCCACAGAGGACCUGUCUGUCCCUGAGUGCCCUUGGGCUCCAUGCACAACCUCGGGUCCGCCCCAUGGAUUGUUUGUUUGUGUAGGAGAGGGUGGUGUGGCCACCAGGUAGGCCCCAGGGAGAGCUCGCCUGCUAGGAUGUUCCCUUUAGGCUGCGGCGGGAGCCCCUUCCCUUGCGAUCCUCCUCCAGCUGCUCCACACCCACCAGGGAGAGACCCACACUGUGACUCUGGGGCUGGCACGUUCAGCUCGGAGCCUCUAUUUCCCAGGAGAUAUGUCCUCACAAAGCUCCAUAGCAAGCUGCCUUGCCAGGGGACAGCUGCAGCGUCCAGUCCCUGACUUCUGACCACCGUCACUGUGUGCCCAUUGCCUGUGCCCCUUACUACCCGGGAAGGGGCUGAUUUAGGUCCUGGUGCUAAAUUACUUGUCGUUGGUAGUCCAGUGUGGAGAGGGAAUAGGCAGGAUCCAGCAUUCAGGGAAAGGAAAGUAAGGAGACGAUCUUAAGGUUCAAAUGAUGCCUGCCUGGUCUGUUCUUAGAUACAGCUGCUUUCUGUGGGCUUUCCUAGGCCUGGGAGAGCUGCUGGGCCAUAUGCUAGGAGGAGGUGCCAUGAGGCAGAGCGCUGCAGCAGACUUCAGUUCCUCCAUCUACCUUCCGGUAUCCACAACACACUUUUGCCAAAUAUUCACUCUCGCUUUUCCCUGGUGGUCAGGCUAACCAGUCACCUUUCUUUAGCCAAGGAAAACACUGUCCAGUGCUGUUUUCGUAUGUGUCCCCACGUAUUCUGACUGGUUUAUGCAUUCCAGGAGGGGUGCAGUGUUUGUUAUUGUCUUAAAUCAAACUUGGCUUUGCUUUGGCACACACCUGUUUCUGAAAAAGUAAACAGCCAUCUUGAAUCCACAGCCUUCAGGUCAGAAAGAAGAUGUGUUGGAAAAGAAGGAAAAACUAGUCGAUAUGGAGUGGAGCCAAGAUGUACUAUUUUAACUGCAUGGUUUUCGUUUAUGAAAAACACAUACCAUGUAACCAUGGUGCUUUUGUUCUUCUUAGUUUUGCCUUUAGGUCCCCUUCAAACUGGACAUUCCUUAUGAUGAUGUCUUUCUCAGGAAUCUAUUUUGGGAGACUGGGCAAGGGAUGGUGAAUGUACAAUGAGACUUUGGCAACAUAAAGGUUAUACUGUCUCAAACUAAACGUAUCAGAGGCUGCUGCAUCAGGAACCCAGCAAUAGAAGUGCCAUACAUGUAUAUUCACAUGGUUAAUAAUGACACUAUCCAUCAGCGUUCCACAAAACUGCUUCCAGCCCUGUCUUCAAUUACCAGUCCAGAAGGGGUUAAGUUGGAGUCAUGGUUUGGGUGCCUGCCUUCCCAGCAGGGUGAAGAAAGGUUUAAAUUAAGGAAUUUUUUUUUUUUUUUCUCUCCACCCCUUUCUUUCUCUCCCAGUCUUUGCAUAGGAGAAUGUCAGACUUUCUGAAAUUAUUGUUUCUGUUUUAAAUUGAGUAUCGAAUUUUUUUAUGCUGACUUUGUAUUAAGUCCUUUUUGAAAGAAUAACAUAAUAAAAUGCAGGAUCUUUGUAUCAAGCCUUUGCACUUGCAAACUCUUAAUAGCUUGAGUUACUGGUGCAGUGGGAACAAUGUAGAUGCCAUUUAAAAAUUUUUAAGGUUUAAAGAAAAACUGUAUCAUACAGUUGAACACAAUGCAUUUCUAUUCCAGUUCUUGGAGCCAAUCGGCUAUUCUUUUUUAAAGGGGUAAGCUGUGCUAAUAGAAUUAGAUAAAUCCACACUGGGGGAGACAGGAUUUUUUUUGCCUUAAAUGUUUAUAGAUUUUCUAUAGUGAACCUAAGUUAUUAAAAUGUGAACAUUAAACAGUACAUAGAAAAACUUAAUGAGGAGUGUGUGUCUGAGGUCACUCUCUUCUCUCCUGAUGUUUUAACCAGUAGAUAUCUAAUUGCUGUUCUUAAGUGGGUACUUUUGAAGAUAAUGCCAACUUUUAAUCGUCCAUGAACUGAACAUUAAAGUCUGCACUCUUAGAGCUGGAAGGGAUUUUUAGGUUUUGUGAUUAAUUCAUCCGUUCCAUCACCAGCUAAGUCAAAACGUGUAAUACUUUUGCUAAAGUUUAUAAAGUAAGCCCUAGAGAAAACGCUUGCCCAGUUUUAUUGUCCAGCUAUCAUCAUCUCCCUGUCUCUCCUUUUCAAAUCUGCAGACAGGGCAAAUUCUGUACAGCCGAUGGGUAGAGGAGGUGGCCCCAGUAUGUGUGUGUUGUGCUGAGGCUCAUUGCCAGAGCUCGGACCUCCUUUGUAGUGAGGAAUAGUGACUGUGUGGGUGCGUCCAGUGGGGGGGGAUGUUCCCCUCUCCUCACCAUAGCUGGUGGUAGUUGAGUGCUCUCAUCCUCUUGUCUCCUGGUUGCUUUACAGCCUCCUGUCUUUAGAUGAGGCUGUAAGCUAAGCCUGGAAAGCCAUGAGCCUAUUAGGCUGGCAGAAACGGAUGACCCGCCCCUGGGAGAGUGCCUGUUGCGGUCGCCCAGUGAAAUCAGCAAAAUCGGGUCCUUGGUUUACCCGCAUCUACGGGAACCCUGCUGUGUGAGGCUGCUUACACAGGGAUGCCUAGUUGUUUGUGCCUGUGUGUUGUGAUAUAUGUGAGCUUUUCUCUUGAGUGUAACUACCAGAUGGGCGGCAAGUUUAUGUUAGCCAUCUGAUCAUCUGUGCUAUCUGUAGCAAGACUGGUGUGUAUCUCAGCAGAUAACUUGUGGAUGGGUUUAUAUGGAUGAGGAUGUGAAAGUCCGUGUGUUUCUCCAUAGGCCCUGUGUUUGAGAGAUUUCCUAACAACACCAUCUUCUGGGAGGUUACUCUAAAGCCAGUAACUACUCCCUCUCCCUUCGCUCCUUUGCCUCAGUUACACUGGCUUCUCCCCGGGAGUAAAUGACUUCAGCACAGUGAGGUCUAGAGCACCGCUGCCCUCCAGGCAAGUCCAUUAGACUCUUCCUUGCCUCUGGACCCUAAGACCUGAGAACAGAAACAAAGAAAGGUCGCGCUCCAUGAUAAGCGACUGCUCCAACUUCACUACCCUGGAAGCCUUACUGUAGAUUUCUUGAUCUAACUUAAAAAUUGAACUUCAUUUAAAAAAAGUUUAUGACUAAAAGCACAGAAAUGGUGCCAUAAUAUUUAAAUAGUCCAGCAGAGACCCUGCAGUUGUUAAGUGAUUUAUUUCUGGGUAGUGUUUGUACUUUAUAGAUCUUGUUUUACCAAAAAAAAUCACUACCAUGAAUUUACUCCUGUGUAACCUUAUGAUCAUAAUCCAUUGUAAAUGAACUAUGGGUUGUUUUCUUAAGCCCAUAGCACAGUUUUGGAAUGGUAGUCAGUGUGAUAGUUGUAUUAGGGACCAUAGACACUACAUUAUUGAGCUUUAAUCAAGUGGAUGCCCAGAAAAUUAGAUUUUGGAUCACAUUUUUGACAAAACAUAUUUUGGUCAAAGAAGGAAGAGAAGGGUAAUAGGGUGUGUGUAUCAGCUAUUGUUAUGUUAGACGCUGUCCUCGAAUGUGAAUUCCUUUAAAUCAGGGGCUAUCUCAAUUUUACAGGUGAGAACAAAGAUGAUCAGAGAGAGAGGAACUUGCCUAAAAUCUCACAGCUAAUUAAUGAAAUUUCACAUCUAAUGUUUGACUCCAAUCCCUUGGUCACUGUACCUUGAGGUAUUACCUAUAUAAUUUGGCAUUUUCUGGAUGUGGAGGAGAGAACCAGAGGACACUUAACCUUGAAUCAGAACCUGGGGAGGGGGGUUCAUUGGAGGCGGAAUCACUUCUCUUUGACUUUGGGUUUCUACCCAGAUUAUGGCUCCAAGGAAAGCUGCCCUGUGGCACUGGCAGAUUUCCUCAGGACUUUCGAUGGAAAGAAGUUGAAAAUUCCCCUUCCUCUAGGAAAACCAGCCUGCCAGUGCUGCACGUGCCGUAGAACCUGGCUGCUAUUGUUCCUGGCAGUCACUUUUGUUUUUGCCCUUCCCACCUUCCACUCCCACCCUGCUGGCUUGGGCAGAUGUGUACCUUGGGGAGGUGUGCUGGGGCUGACCUGGCCUCCUGCUGACCUGAGGAGGCCUCUUCCUGGUGCUUUGUCAAUAUUAUGCCCCAACAGCGUCCCCCCAAGCCCGGCCUGUUGUUGGGUUGGGGGGGGGCUUGCUUGCGGCCCCGGCUUGGGGGGUUUUGGGCUGGAGCCCCUGGCUUCCAUCCCUGACUUCCUUGUUCUCAGCAAGCACUUCGCGUGGCACUAUUUUCCCCCACAUUUGCCCUCAAGAGUUUUAAUCAAGAGACCUACACCAGGACUCUGAACACACCGUUUGCCUCUCUUCCACUGUCUCGAGGUUUCUUUUGCACAUAAACUACCUUCCCCUUGCCUGCUGGUUGCUUUCCAUGGAGGAUAGGAAGAGAAAGAUGACACCUCUCAGCUUUGCUAUUCGAUUGGCCAAAAAGUUUGCUCAGAUUUUUCCAUAAAAUGUUACCGAAAAACCUGAAGGAACUUUUUGACCAACCCAAUACUUACUAGGAAUGAGCAAGACACAUUUUCAAAGAGUAGGUAGAAACUGUAAAACUACUGACUAAAAGUAGAUUUUAGUACUCCAUGUCCCUUUUACCAUGCCUGUCCCAUUUCUCCUUAAAUAACCCAGUUUGUGUUGUAUCACCUGAAACAUAAACCUCUUCAAUGAGUUGUUUUAGAGCUCUCCAGCACAACUGCAGAUUUCUGAUACCUGAAGCAGCGCAAUCAAAUGUUACUCCCAGUAUGGCACCGGGAAUCUACAAUUGAUAUGUCUCUCAGCUUGAAAACAUCAGUGUUUUGCCCUUGUUUUGGUGGGAUAAAAAAACUCUCUUAUCUUAAGCCCUGGGGACAAAUGUGACCAACUCCCAGGCUUUUAUCUUGAGUGUCUUUGGCACUUCUUUUGGCACUGAAAUAAUGUUUGGAUAAAAAUAGUUGAAUGUACAGUGUCUGGUUUUAUAUUUGCUUGUACUUAUCUGAGUUUUCCCUUGUGGACAUGAACUUUCACUCUGAAGGACGUAAUCCUUUAGGACUAUUUAACCCCCCAAAAGCCCUCACCUUGGGAAAGCUUCAUAUCUGGGGACCAGAGACUGUUGCUCAGGGAAUUAGUAAUAGGACCUGGACAUCUGAUCUGCAGGUGUCAAGUCUAGUUCAAUUCAUGUUUUAGGGAACUUAGACUGUUACACAUCAUCACCAUUCCAGGGGUCAGGUGGAAAGAAGUGGCUGUCACUUUUCAUUUGCCAGUGCCCCACAGUUAUAGAGAUAAUAGAGUAUUCAUUUAGCAUUGAUUAUCAUUCUAAAAAAAAAAAUCCAAAGUGUGCUAAUAAUUCCUUAUUUUUAUAAUGGAUUCACAGUAGGCUUUAGCUAAAUAGCAAACUCCUCUGGGACUCCUGAAUUAUGACAUGAUUAACAAAAUUUGAUUUUCAAGAAGUUGUUUAUGACAACUAUUGCCUUGAGUAUAGGACACCAGCCAAGAUGAGGGCAGGGGUGGAUACAGGCUCACUGAGUGGUGAAUUAACCACUUCUUCAACAAAGAUGCUAGGGAGAAGACCAGAGAGACUAGGACCAGGUCUUACUCAAGGGAAAUUUAUUUAAUGAUCACUUUUGUGUUGAAAGAACUUUACAUUUCUGGAUUUAGAAUCCAGUAUCAGUCCAGCAAGUUCAGUAAGGAAACCAUCUGUCUCUAUGUGAUGGAGCCAUAACUGUGCAGAGACGUGGCCAGGGGUCUUUUGUGUUCUCUCUUAUUAGUUAAUACCACACUUUGUAACCAGCAGGGGCAGUUUGGCUGGUUAGCAAAGUUCACAGUCACUAGAUAGGUAUGACAAAGUCUGAGUGUGACUUCUUGCAUAAACUGGGUGGUGGGCUUUAUUGAGACGUUUCAAAUAUGUGAAUGAAUGAAUUACACUACCAGCAACCAUCUACCCAAGUACAUGCAUUCAUAAGGUGUACCCUGUGAAGCCUCUUCUCAUUGUAACAUCAGUAACAAAGUUAGAGUCUAUGAGGGGCAUGGUGUAUCUGGUAUCCAAGUUAUUUUGUUCUCUUUUGGGUCUCCAGUUCCAAUGAACUGUAAAACAUUUUAUGUGUUACAUUUUUUAUACUGUAAAACUUGGAAAAUAAACUGAAAUCCCAAAUUACA